AUGGUCGAGCUAGCUAUGUCAUCUACCAGUGUCAUGAGCCUGGACCCACUGCUGCCAGUUGACCCAGCUGUAAAUGGAUAUCUGGCCAUUCAGGCUGAGGAGUCAAAGGUGGUCACAUUUUAUGAUAGCUGCAUGACUUCCUUGUAUGCCUCUUAUUAUAGAAACUGUCGUGUCCUAACCACACUAGCCUACUACCCGCAGAAGAGCGCCGAGACCCUGAGCAGCCAGUACGGCCUCAGCGUGUUCCUGGCCGGGCUGCUGCUCAUGUUCGCCUGGGCCGUGCACGCCGCCGGCCUCCACAAGAGCCACCUGCUCUCCUAUCUCAUCACCCUCAUGCUCGUCCAGCUGCUCUGGAUGCUGUGGUACGUCUGCCGGAGCUACACCCAGCGGAGGCUCAUCCAGGAGAAGGACACCCACGCCGGGGCCCGCUGGCUCCGCUGUGGGAUUACCUUAUUUGCAAUGAUUACUUUAAUUAUGGACUCUUUUAAGAUAGGCUAUUUUAUUGGAUUUUCCAACUGUUUAUCUGCAACUGAAGGCAUUUUUCCUGUUACACAUGCAGUGCAUACUCUUUUACAGGUGUAUUUUCUUUGGUGUCAUGCAAAGGAUAUAAUCCAGUCUUUCAAAACACUUGAAAGGUUUGGGGUAAUCCAUUCUGUGUUUACAAAUUUACUCUUGUGGACAAAUGGAGUAUUAACAGAGUCUAAACAUCAACUAAAUGAGCACAAGGAAAGGCUAAUCAUGCUUGGUUUUGGAAACAUAACAAUAGUUUUAGAUGACCAUGCACCUCAAUGUAAUUGUUCAACAACAACUCUCUGUUCAAUAUUUUCUCAAGGAAUAUACUAUCUGUAUCCUUUCAACAUAGAAUAUCAUAUUUUGGCAUCAACAAUGCUGUAUGUUCUGUGGAAGAAUAUUGGACGCAAAGUGGAACACCACCAACAACACAAAAUACCAUUCAAGUUUCAUGGCAUAACAAUUGGCACAAUUUUUGGACUAACUGUGCUGACUAGCACCAUAGCAAUUGUUGUUGUGUAUUUGAUUCAGAUUGGACGUUCAAAAAUCAAGAGUGAGUUGGCACUGACCAUGUUUUAUAUAUAUGCUAUCUCAGUACUGACCCUCAUGUGUACUGCUGGAAUUGUUGCCCUUCUAAUUUACAGACUAGAAGACAGAUCAUUGGAUAAUUCAAAAAACCCUGCCAGGAAACUGGAUGCAGACCUACUGGUUGGUACAGCUUCGGGAUCAUGGCUCCUUUCGUGGGGUUCUAUUCUAGCAAUUAUCUGUGCCCAAGACCAUCCACAAUAUACGUGGUAUAAUUUGCCUUAUUCCAUUCUGGUUAUUAUUGAAAAAUAUAUUCAGAACCUCUUCAUCAUUGAAUCCAUACAUCAGGAACAGGAAAAGGUGAAUGAUGACAUUAAAACUCUUCGAAUAGUAACUAUAUCCAGGGAGAACACUCUGUCACUUACCCCAUCCUUUAAAGAAAUUUACAAUGGGACAGUUGAUGCUGACAGUGGAGAAUUACCGUACCUGUUCAACAGAAAUGUCUGUGUGAGAGAAAGCAGUAGCAAUGGUAGUCUUGAGGAAGACAAAAGUCAAGUUUUCAGUCCAGUGAUACAUUCAACCUCAGAUUUCUCACUUUACAGUAGCAACUCUGUUGCUAACAAUAAGAGAAGAAUACUGAAGAACAUUGCAGCAUUUUUAUUCUUAUGUAAUCUUUCGCUCUGGAUUCCACCUGCAUUUGGUUGCCGCCCAGUGUAUGACAAUGGACUGGAAGAAAUAGUUUUUGGCUUUGAACCUUGGAUAAUUGUUGUUAACCUUGCAAUGCCUUUUUCUAUUUUUUAUCGUAUGCAUUCAGCUGCCUCACUCUUUGAGGUUAGUUGUAAGACAUAA